AUGAACCAAGCUAUAGCACAAGGAAAAAUAGAUCUCCGCCGAUUGGAAGCAGCUCGUGCGAAUCGGCUUCAGCAAUUGAGAGAAUGGGAGGAAUAUGAUCGUAAAAUGCGCUCACUUGACAAGAAGAAGCAACAGAAAAAGAGCUACUCUGAUAGGCGCGUUAUCUUUGAAAACCAAUACGUCCUUCUAGAUGCCACUUUGAACAAUGAUUUGGAGGAAGAGAAAUUGCAUAUUGAAGUGUUGGAGGCCAAUGUAACUUACCGGCAAGACACGAAUCUGGGCACUUGA